CACUCCACAGUGUGCACUUGCUCUGAGUGGGCGUGAAGGGGCAGAGAGAGGAAGCAGGACAGAGCAGAGCAGCAGAGGGAGGCACACACACACCGACACCUAUGCAAUGAACACAGUGAGCGUGGAGGGGCACAGUCACAGGCGGUUCUCCGUGGGGAGGUCUCUGUGAAGCAGCCCUACCUGUUGGAGCUCAGUCAGCGCGAGGAGACGCUCGUGCCAGCGUGGAUUUGCGGGAACUGCCCCACUGAGAGCAGCCGGAACAAUGUCUCCAAGACUGUUAUUACUGUGCGCUGCUCUGGCUGCGCACCGCGGGACUCGAACCUGCAGCGGAUUUAAUGUCGACGAUCGUUUCCCUGUCAUCAAGGAGGGACCAACCAAAGGGAGUUUCUUUGGAUUCUCGGUGGCGCUGCAUCAGCAGACGGAGGGCUCCAGGAAGAACCUGCUUCUGACGGGAGCGCCCAAAGAGAAGGCAAAGUCCCUACCAAAUGUGAACGAAACCGGUGCCGUCUACUCCUGUCCCAUUACUACGGACGCCACCGACUGCUCCAGAAUGGACCUGGUCACCACGACGAACCCUUUAGAGAUGGUCGAGGGCAUGUGGCUCGGCGUGACGGUGGCCAGUCAGAGGGUGGAGAAGGCCGGACGCGUUCUGGCAUGUGGGCACCGGUACGUGAAGAUCAAGGGCGGCGCAGAGGAGCAGCGGCGGAUGAUCGGGAAGUGCUUCGUGCGGAGUAACGAUCUGACCUUCGAUCAAAACGACGACUGGCAGACUGACAGUUACGAGGUCUGCAACCCCAACUUUGACAUGGAGCUGGAAGGCAUGUGCAACAUGGGCAUCUCUGGCGGCAUGACGGACAACGACGUCUACAUCGGUGCCACGGGGAGCUACGUGUGGCAAGGAAAUGUCCACGUGACAUGGAGAGAUCCAGUGAACGCUUGGGACUCAAUUAACAAGAACUUUGGCCAGCUGAAAAAACGCAACAGUUAUAUUGGUUAUUCAGUCCUCGAGGAGAAGAAGCUCCUCAGCCACGACGACUACACAGUAGUCACGGGGUCUCCCAGGGACGAGUCCAAGGGCUCCGUGAUGUUCGGGACAAAGACCGACAACAGCAUCAAACCUGUGCUCAUCAUCCCCGGGGAACAAGUGGGCUCGUACUUUGGAAGCAGCAUGGCCAUCACUGACCUCAACAACGACGACUGGAAUGACCUGAUUGUGGGCGCGCCGUUUUACUUCGACCGCAUGAACGAUCACGGCGGAGCCGUGUACAUCUUCAUGAACGAGAAUGGAUCCUUCCAGAAGACGGCCGCCGUCGUCCUGAAGGGUCCGUCGGCUUCUGGGUUCGGCAUUUCCGUCGCCGCUAUUGGUGACGUCAACCAAGAUGGAUUCCAAGACUUUGCCGUCGGAGCGCCGUUCCACGACGCGGGGAAGGUCUACAUAUGGAUGGGCAGUAAAAAGGGAAUCUCUGAGAGCCCCAGUCAGGUGAUUGAAGGCAAGACGGUUGCCAAUGGUGGAUUCCAGACCUUUGGCUAUUCCCUGAACGGAGGCAUGGACAUGGACGACAACAGUUACCCGGACAUCUUAGUCGGCUCUUUGGACGACCGCAUUGCCUUGCUCAGAGCUCGACCGGUCAUCCACUUGACGAAGGACUUCCGCGUCGAGCCGAAGAUCGUGGAUCCUAAUCUGUGUCCUGGGAAUACACCGUGUAUCACGGCGACACUGUGCAUGUCGUUCACGCUGAGCAAUGGCAACAAAGACUUCAAGAAGAACGUCAUGGUGCAGUACACAGUGGAGGCGGACAUGGAGAGGAGAAGAAGCCCUCGGGUUCGUUUCGAGGACAAUAACUCUGACACCUACACUGGCAUCAUAAGCCUGCCCGCUUCCAAGACCACGUGUGACACCCGGAAGCUGUUUGUUGUCGCACCUGUGAUGGACAAACUGGAGCCCGUGGUCUUUUCCCUCAAGCUGUCCCUGCACGAGCAGAAACCUAAGUCCCGGCGCUCCGUGCAGAACCUGGACUCCUUUCCAAUCCUGAGCCAGGAGCAAAAACUCACUGAGAGAACCGAGAUUAAUUUUCAGAAUGAAUGUGGCUCAGACAACAAAUGUAGCAGUAAUCUGCAGCUCACGGCUCAGUUUGUUGACAAUGAAGAAAAGCCUUACCCCAGGAACGGCAAAUUCCAGGUGCUGCAGUUCAACAGCAACAUGAAGAUAAUACGGCUGAUGGUGGAGGUGACGAACUUCCCUUCAGCUGGGAGACUCGGCGAGGACGCCCAUCAGGCCGCGCUCAACAUCACCUUCCCUGAUGCACUGAGAUAUUCCGGCGUCAGGUCCACGGACCAUGACGUGCAAUGCAGCUUUGACGUCACAGUGAUCUGUGAGCUGGGGAAUCCACUGAAAGGCAAUGACAAGGUGUCACUCGCCCUCAAGUUUGAGACGUCGGGCAUCGAUCUGUACACACAGGAGGUGGAGUCGCAGCUGCUUCUGUCCACUCUCAGUGAGCAGAGCGACCUGACGCCUGUGCCCGUGGCCCUGCUGAUCGAAAACACCAUCCUGCCCUCCCUCUCCAUAGAGAACACCUUGGUGCAGACACAGUUCGGUGGGACAGUGAUGGGCAUGUCGGCCAUGGUAAACACCAGUGACGUGGGCAGUCUGGUGGAGUUCACCUUCAACGUGAACAUGAGGGGGCAGCCCCUGGGAGACUUGGGGACCCUGGCUCUGGCGUUUGACUGGCCCUCUGAGGCCGCCAACGGCAAGUGGCUGCUGUACCUCACCAAGAUUGUCGUCAAGGGGCAAUCGGAGACGGAGUGCAACGCUCCGGAAGCAGUCAACCCGCUGAAGCUCGCUUUGUCGGAGAGCAGGCCAAAGCGCGCCAGGCGUCAGAUCGCGGCGGGCGAUCGUGAAACGAGUCCGCCGCAACCCGUCGAGUCGCAGGCAGCCUUAUCUCUGCUCACUCCUCGAAAGGAGACCCACAAGUUGGAUUGCGCUGAAAGGACAGCAAACUGUGUGACGUUCGUCUGCCCGCUGCUCAACAUGACAGACUCGGCCAAGAUAUAUGUCCGCUCCCGUUUGUGGAACAGUACGAUGCUGGAGGACUAUCCCAAUGUUCUGAGAGUUACAGUCAUCGGCCGUGCCACGUUGACGCUCCUUACAGAUAAAUCGACCAUCAAGAUGGUCAAUCAGACCGCCAGGUUCGCGGUGGAAAUAGAACCCGUGGAGCGAGUGGAAGUACCCUACGAGCUCCCACUGUGGAUCAUCAUCUCGGCCAUUGUCGCCGGAGUUCUGCUACUAGGAAUCAUCAUUGUUAUCCUAUGGAAGUGUGGCUUCUUCCAGAGGGCCAGCAGGAGGGAGAUGUAUGAGGCCAAAGCCCAGAAGGCUGAGAUGAAGAUCCAGCCCUCUGAGACAGAGAGGUUGACUGAGGACUACUGACUGGGUCUCAAACAGCAUACACCAGUGGGGCUUUUUGGCUUGGAUUCUUUAAGCGGGCCGCCUACUACCGGAUGAUGCCAAAGCACCAGGGGGUGAAAAUUCGCAAGGCUGAGCGUUAUCAGUUCAACCUGGGAUUCCAGCCUGAGGAGCCCCAGAAAAAGUACUGGAUCACAAACUGGACAGAGAUGCAGCAUUACUACUACUGAGUCCUUUACUUUGAACCCCGAACCACUCACCUUCACUCUGUCACGGGCCACACAAAGAGCACUGGGCUCGGGUUGAGCCACAUGGACUCUGCCGUGGCAUACUGAACAUAUUGUUUCAGAGAUUGUAUUUUUGAAGAAUGUUGUGUUGUACAUUGGAAUUGGGGGUUGCAUUCAAUAUUUGUAAAUUGUUUUAAUUUACGAUUCGAGAUUUCAUAUAUACUGUCAUUUCUUUUCUUUAUGAGCAGUUAUUGGACAUUCCUGUUAUAGUUUAUCGUCACCAUAUCUCUUUUUUCCCUCUCCAAUCCGGGUCUGUUGAUUUCCUCUACGAUUAUACACGCCGAUCACCACGUGCGAUAUCAUUCUUCAGUUGCACUUAUGACCAGAAUCCACUCUGUUUUGAGUGGAAAAGAGUGUCUCCUUCAGCACGUCCAUGUCGGCUUUUGGCAAACACGAGAUCUCUCGUUUGCGGAGCGUGACGUAUGUCUGCAUUUUUCAAGCUACAUAGAAAUAACAAAUAAAUAAUUAGAACAUUGGUCCUUUAUCAGUCCCUUCUCUGCAUUUAACCCAUCCCCUACUGGAAACCAUCCUAGAAUUAGGAGCAUCGGGCAGGGUUGGGCACCUUCCCAGCCCCUUUUUUUGACCUGGUGGGGUCUCAAACCGGCACCCUCUCCAGUUACAAGCCAAGUUCACGUUCCACUUGACCAUGGGCUGCCCAAAUGUGAGAAAUGUGGCAGUAGAAGACAUGGUUUUCAGAGGACAAUAGUGUUUUAUAGCCCAGCUGGACACGUUUUAUUUGCCCACAUUAAAUUCCUCCAGCAACAAGUUGAGAAACAAUGGAUUCCUGUUUGUAUGUGGAAUUUUCCAAAAUUACUCGGCACACUUUGUAAUUAUUUAUUAUGGCCCCGUCUUGUGUUUCACUCUAACUUUAAACACGGUAUAUCACAUACAGGGAGUCGCAACACUGGAUUAAAGAAUACGCGGUGUUAUAUCGGUCCGUCUGAUAUUGCAA